CGGCAGCUGUCCCGCCUGCCACAAUGCGCGGCGAAGCUGUGGCCACGACUUAGCGCGGUCGUCCCUAACGUCGCCGCUCGGCAUCCUUAGGACAGGCCGCCCCUGACGCCGCGCGGGGAACCCACUGGCCUGUGCCCCCCCCAUGCGUUCACUCUUCGGUGCCCGGCCGGGCCGGCGCCUCACGGACGCGGAGCCGCGCGGGUGACGGCAGAGGCGGCUGCGCGCCCAGCCCAGCCCAGCCCAGCCCGAGGAGAGGGCGCGCCGCGCCCCCGCCCCCCGCCCGCUCGCCGGAGACCGUGGGUGCGGAUGCGCCGCUGACGACUCGCCACGACAAGCAGUGCCGCCGGCCCGCCGGCCGGAGCCCGCAGCAUGGCAGCCGCCGCCUAUGUGGACCACUUCGCCGCCGAGUGCCUCGUGUCCAUGUCAAGCCGCGCGGUCGUGCACGGGCCGCGGGAGGGGCCGGAGUCUCGGCCCGAGGGCGCGGCCGUCGCCGCUACCCCCACGCUGCCCCGCGUCGAGGAGCGCCGCGACGGCAAGGACAGCGCUUCGCUCUUCGUGGUGGCGCGGAUCCUAGCGGACCUCAACCAGCAAGCGCCGGCGCCCGCCCCGGGGGAGCGCAGGGAGGGCGCCGCGGCCCGCAAGGCUAGGACCCCCUGCCGCCUGCCGCCCGCGCCGCCGCCGGCCCCCGAGUCCGCCUCCCCCGGCGGCGGAGGCACUGCGGCCGCGCCCCCCAGCCCGGCGUGGAGCGAGCCUGAGCCCGAGGUGGGGUUGGAGCCGGAGCGGGAGCCGGGGCCCGCGGGGAGCGGCGAGCCCGGCCUCAGACAAAGGGGUCGGCGGAGCCGAAGCCGUGCCGACCUCGAGUCCCCGCAGAGAAAGCACAAGUGCCACUACGCGGGCUGUGAGAAAGUUUACGGGAAAUCCUCGCACCUCAAGGCGCACCUGAGAACUCACACAGGUGAGAGGCCCUUCGCCUGCAGCUGGCAGGACUGCAACAAGAAGUUCGCGCGCUCCGACGAGCUGGCGCGGCACUACCGCACGCACACGGGCGAGAAGAAGUUCAGCUGCCCCAUCUGCGAGAAGCGCUUCAUGCGCAGCGACCACCUGACGAAGCACGCGCGCCGCCACGCCAACUUCCACCCGGGCAUGCUGCAGCGGCGCGGCGGCGGCUCGCGGACCGGCUCGCUCAGCGACUACAGCCGCUCGGACGCCAGCAGCCCCACCAUCAGCCCCGCCAGCUCCCCCUGAGCCCGCCGCCCUGAGCAGCCGCUCCGCCGCCGUCCCGCCCCCCCCCCCUUUGUAAUAAGAAAGAAGAGAAACUUCACCACGAAAAGUCCACGAAAAACACUUUCUUCACCUCAGGUGUCAAAGUAAAUUUGU